AAAACAAAAGCUGGUCUUCCGCGGCAGAAUCCUUUGGAGAGUUGAGGUUGCUGUGCUUGCGAUUGGCUUUCCCAUUGCAAUCAGCAGGGCAUUGAUUUCGGUUUCUUGCUGGCUGUUUUGACGGAAUAGCGAGUAGGGAGACCAGCACUGCAGGAGCAUCAGUUAGGUUAGUGCCGAGCAUGUCAAUCUUGACAGCAGUACGGGGGACGGUGGUCGUCAUCGGGACCUCCAUUCUCCUGAUCGCUGCCGUUCAGAACUCUCUGCACCGGCACAUGACAGAACUCUGGGGUGCAUCGAAUCAGUUCUGGCAGCUCAGAUGGAACCAGCUCUAUCACGAUAUAGCGGAAGGCAAUGAGUUUCUUCUAUAUACCCUUCAAUAUGUCUCCAUGGUCGUCUUCUUUUGGCUGUUCAACAUAUUCUUCCUCUUCCUGGAACUGACUGGAAACCCUUCAAACAUCUUGCAAUACCGUAUCCAACCUAACCAGAAGCCACCAGUGGUGGAGUGGCGGGCGUUCAAGAAGUGCGUGAAGCUUGUCCUCUUCAACCAGUGGGUUGUGGGUUUUGGCGGCCACUUGGCCCUGUAUUGGGUCUUCCAAAAGCGCGGCGGAUUCUUUGCCGAGACCCUGCCGUCCUUCAAGUGGUGUUUGGUGGAGGUGGCAAUCUUUGCCUUUGUCUUUGAGGUGUUGUUCUACUAUCUGCACCGUGUACUUCACAUGCCUUUCUGGUACAAACACGUUCACAAGAUUCACCACGAGUGGACGGCGCCGAUCAGCAUCUCGGCUCUGUACUGCCACCCGAUCGAGUACCUUCUCUCCAACGUGGUACCCGUCGCGGCCGGUCCCGUCCUGCUCGGCUGCCACUUUGUGUCCUUGCUACUGUGGGUCUACAUCGUGCAGGCGUCCACGUCCAUCUCGCACUGCGGCUUCCACCUGCCGUUCAUGCAGUCCAACGAGUCCCACGACUUCCAUCACUCACAGUUCAACCAGAACUUUGGCAUGCUGGGAAUCUUUGAUCAGCUGCACGGCACUGACGACCGCUUCCGUAAAUCCAAGGCGUACGAGCGUCACUCCGUGCUGCUCAGCACCACGCCAGCCAACGUUCUGAUUCCGGACGAACGGAAGAAAUGCCAGUAGGCAGACAGUGCAUGUGUGUGUGUGUGUGUGUGUGUGUGUGUGUGUGUGUGUGUGUGUGUGUGUCUUGUGUAAUCAAUGGUGCUAGUAGAGCUUAUAUCAGAUCCACUCUGAUUUAGCCACCCACACUAGUAGCAAGUAUUACCUUCACUGGGGGCAGGGGUAACUGCAGUUGGAUCCCUGGACGGAUACCCUGAUGCCGUCAAUCCUUUUUCUGCGCCUUGUCCUUACCCACUUACUGAGGUGUGGUGAGCCCAUAAGUGGGAUCAUUUUCAAGUCCACCCAGAGUUUUGGUGAUUUCAGGGGGUGUCGGCCGUUGGGCGGUUCAAUAGACAAUUGAGUCAUCUUUCCAAGAUUCCUUUUGAGUCUCUCUCCCCUCUCCCGGGGAGACCCACGUGACCAAUUUGUUAGUGAGCAACAAGUACAAGUACAAGUGUGUGUGUGUGUGUGUGUGUGUGUGUGUGUGUGUGUGUGUGUGUAUGUGUGUGUGUGUGUGUGCGUGUGUGUGCGUGUGUGUGUGUAUGUGUGUGUACGUGUGUGUGUGUGUGUGUGUGUGUGUGUGUGUGUGUGUGUGUGUGUGUGUGUGUGUGCUUCAUCGCUGCUGCCGCUGCCUUCGUCGCACUCCACCCUUGGCCGUCACCUACUCCCCAGAUUCCCGGCUAAUAUUGUGCCUACUCUACAUGUAUGUGAAGUAUACCGUAUGGGCCAUCAAUGAUGUUUACGGGGCUACACUUCACACUAAUUAGCAGCCUGGCAUGACUAUGCCAGUUUAGUAUUACCCCACACAGCCAAUGCUGCUUUCUGUUUUUGCCAGCCAAAUCCCCUAGUGCCGUAGUCAGCCCGCCGGUGUGUUGUGGUGUGUGCAUGACGACGUCACACUGUUAACUCUGCCAGCGCUAUCAGUGAAGUCCCACGUAAUCAACAUGUCGUUAUGAGAGCCAUAUCCGAAAACAUAUCCGAAAUGCUACAUCUUCUUUCUACAUGUACUACUAAUCAUGUUUACAAUUUUUUCACGUUCUUCUUCCCAUCACUCCACCCUGGAAGCUUGGAAGUAGCCUGUAUUAUUAAUUAAUUUACUUGUAUAAUUAUUUUAAAAGUUAUAUUAAGCAGGAUAUUUUGCUAUGACGUCUGUGCUACUUGCUGCUAUCAUGAUUGCCCCUAUAAACAAUUAUCUACUCCAAGGAGGCUAUUCAAUCGCGUCACUAUUCGAGGUGCUUGGUA